AUGGGCACAUCAGCUCUGGCCACCCGGCUCGUGCUGGUGCCCCUCCAUCGUGGAAUGAACAGUUACUCCGUUCAGCCUCCGAAUAGCGAAGUGCCUGUGCCGACCAGUGUGCUCGUCAAAGGAUACUGUGUCUCAGACUCGGGCCUGGUGCCACAUAUGAAGAGAAGAGCAGCCUUCAAGUGUGGCGAACAAAACGGGUGUGCGAAGACGUCACUUUUACGCUCGGACCGGGAAAUAUGUGGGCGUUGGGAUUGGAAGGUGUCGGAGGACUAUCGAAGUGUUGUAAACCAAUACACGGCUGCCUUUCAGAAUCUGGAUCUGAGUUAG